AUGGACUCAAGCAUUGACACAGUGAAUACUUUCAAGAGGUUGUUCUUCUUCUGGCGCAUUUUGGGCUUUACCACCAACCACAAUAAGUAUUUGAUACGUCUCUACGACAUUUUUGUGACCAUUUUUGCGACGUUCGCCUUUCCGUUGCACUUGGCUUUGGGCGUGAUUUUCGCCGAUGACAAGGAAGUUGUUUUCACCAAUCUGGCUAUUGGCAUUUCCACAUUUGCCUGCACUGCGAAGCACUUAAUGCUACGUCCACAGCUCAGCAAAGUAAUCGCUGUGAACAGAAUUCUACAGAAACUGGAUGAGCGUGUGCAAAGUGAUGAGGAUACGCAUUACUACAUAAAGCAAAUGCGCGAGAAGUGCAUUUUUAUGAUGCAUUUCUUCACUGUCGUCUAUUUCUCCGUAGCAGUUAUGGCUGUGCUGUCUGCGCUGUGGAGUGGCAACGUCUUGUAUCCGGCUUAUGUGGUCGUCGAUUGGCACGGUUCGACUUGGAAAUAUUUGGCUGUUAUGCUCUUUCAGAUCUACGGCUUGAAUAUGCAGAUCGUGCAGAAUCUCACCAACGAUGCGUAUGGACCGAUGAUACUGUGUCUGCUCUCCGGUCACGUGCACUUGCUUUCCAGGCGAAUUUUACGCAUUGGGCACGAGCACGAAACCGAAGUGGAAAGAAAUUAUGCGGAGUUGGUGCAUUGCAUAGACGAUUACAAAGUCUUGAUGAGAGUAGUGGAGCGCGUCAUCUCCUCCAGCUAUAUGGUGCAGUUCACAGCUGUUGGCAUUAACGUCGUGGUCGGUCUCAUAUAUUUACUGUUCUUCGCCGAUAAUCUCUUCGCCUAUUGCUACUACGUUUUCCACAUCUUGGCCAUCAUGAUCGAGAUUUUUCCCUGUUGCUAUUACGGCAGCAUGGUUCAAGCGGAGUUUCAUGCGCUGUCUUACGCCAUCUUCCGCAGCAACUGGUUGUCACAGUCACGUACUUUCCGUCGCGCCGCUGUUACGUUUACGGAACUCUCGCUAAAGGAUGUCACAGUAACAGCGGGUGGCAUGAUGAAAAUCCAUUUGGACUCGUUCUUCAAGACCUGCAAAAUGGGUUACUCAAUCUUUACAGGUAAACACACAAAGCAUCUGCGCUUGGUCUAUGACAUUCUGAUGAACACAGUUGUCACCUUUGGCUUUACUGCACAUCUGGUGUUGGGAAUUAUUUUGAGCACCAAUCAGGAUCAGUUCUUCACAAAUUUGGUCAUCGGUAUUGCAAGCGUUUCUUGUGUCUUCAAACAUUUGUUGUAUCGCUUUCGUAUGCCGGAAAUGCAGAGAAUAAAUGAAAUUUUGGGCCAGCUCGACGACCGCGUGCGCACCAAGGAGGACUACGAUUACUACAAGCGUCUCAUGGAACGACCAUGCAACUUUAUGGUGAACUUCUUCACACGCUGCUAUUUUGCGGUCAGUAUAACGGCAUUGAUUAUGGCCUUACUCACUGGCGAACUGCUUUACCCCGCCUUCAUCCCGUUACAAUGGCGGACGUCGGUUUUCAAAUAUGCUGUGGGCCUCCUCUUCCAGUUCGUCGCGGUUUCAUUACAAAUUGUGCAAAAUAUAGCAAACGACGCAUAUGGACCGGUUCUACUUUGUAUGCUCUCUGGGCAUGUGCAUCUGCUGUCGAACCGUGUGUCACGCAUUGGCCACGACAAACCCGAGAGUGUGAAGGACAAUUAUAAAGAGUUAUCGUUGUGCAUUGAAGACCACAAAUUGUUGAUGAGCACCACAAAGGCAGUGGAGCAUAUGGUCUCGGCUAGUUAUCUGGUGCAAUUUGGCGGGGUUGGUAUCAACCUUUGUAUUGGGCUCGUUUAUUUGUUAUUCUUCGCCGAUAACUAUUUCGCCUACGUUUACUAUACGAUUCAUAUAACAGCCAUCAUGAUUGAGUUAUUCCCUUGUUGUUACUACGGCAGCAUGUUGGAGUGCGAGUUUCAUGAUUUGUCUUAUGCAAUUUUUAGCUGCAACUGGCCGAUGCAACCACGCCCAUUUCGUCGUAAUAUCGUGAAUUUUACAGAAUUGACAUUAAGGGAGGUCGCCUUGUAUGCCGGUGGUAUGGUUCGUAUUAAUCUCGACUCAUUCUUCGCUACAUGCAAAACGGGAUACUCAUUCUUCACCGUUAUUCAAAGCAUGAAGUAGAGGUGUCUCAAAAGUAGUAAAGAAUAUUGAUUAGUUUCUUGUAGAGUAGUGAUGAAGUGAAACCCAAUAAAAAUUAGCACCUUUUAUAUAUUAGAUCCACACCCGCAACAAAUAUUCGUGAAUCAAUGGACUAACAAUUGGAGUUAAAACUUCAAUGCGGCUGAAGGAAUGUAUUUGAACUGCACAGCAGAAUACUUAUUAGUAUUGAUUUCUUUGUACAUUGAUUUGGUCCCAAAGUAAUUGUUUUAAAAAGUGGAUAAAAGUCCCCAUACGAGUACCCCCCCCACUCACACAUUUGUUAAGCUCUAAAAUAUGUAUCCUAUUCGCAAAGUCCCAAGCGAUGACAUUUCAUUAAUUUGCAAUGUACUUAUUUCAAGGUUAGAGCUCACAUGAGCGAAUUGGUUUACGCCUUCUUUUUUAAUUAUAGAGUAAGCACACAA